AUGUACAGCAAAACACCAAACACCUUGAUUGUUAUAAUAAUUUUAUUGGAUUUUAUAAUACAAGCCAUCAUUGUGGAAAGAAAUUUACAUUCCUACUACCGGCUGCCCACCACUACGGUUAAAACAUCCAACGACAGUGAGGAAUACUAUAUUUUACAAUGUCCUUUCAAGUCUUCGCUUAAUAUACCAAAACCCCAGGAUAUGCCCAUAUGCGUAAUUGUGGGCAGACACAGUGAUGAUGAGGACAAACAAAAGGAGCUGGUGAAAGCAAAACCUCGUACAACUCUCAACACUCAAGUGGAUUAUCGUUAUCUAAAGCCACCGAAAUUAGUGAAAUUAGUGAAAAUAAAACAUGGUAAACCUUAUACCAUGUUUCUGAAACCGAUUGCCAAGAAAGAAUUUACCUACAAAAGACCUAAAACCGAGAUUAAGGAACAAUACUCAGCCACCAAUAUAAAACUAUAUCUACCCAACCACAAAAUGUUAUUAAAUCAAUCGACUGUCUUGUAUCCCGUACCUUUGGUGCAAAAACUCUUAACAAACGAUUCAAUGGCUUUGAGUUCCAUCAAUGAGCCCCAGAAACUAACGCAAACCCUUAAGCCACCAACUGAUUUGGAAGCAGAUUUUGUGGAUGAUCCUUUAGAUGAGGACGACACUCAGGCCUCAAGUCCUCUAAAAUAUUUAGCAGUUCCAGAUGUUUUAAAGCAAUUACAAUCAACACAACAACUGCCUCGUCCUACGGCCACAAAUCGUUCUGUAUAUCAAGCAGAAAAGUUUUUUGCCGAUUUGAAAGAUUCGAAAAAAGGUUUUCGCACCAAGGGCUAUCAGAAUAUGUAUCAUCGUGAUGAGAUCUAUCAGGAUCACAUAUUUUACGAUGAUCUUCAGCAGAUGGGAAAUUACCGGAUCAAACAGAAGUUGCAGCAACCACAACAACCCUGA